AUGAUACGACCCAAGACCCCCUGUGAGAUUGCUAGAGAUACUGCGAUGAAAAUAGUCAUGCCUGGAGUCUACGUCCCCACGUGUGACAACGAUGGACAAUACACCCAUGAACAAUGUUCAGGCUCUACAGGUUACUGUUGGUGUGUGAACAGUUCUGGACAGAAGAUCCCGGGUACUGAUUCUCCACCAGGCACUCCUAUAAUCAACUGUACCACACAGAAUGCUAUGAUACGACCCAAGACCCCAUGUGAGGAUGCUAGAGAUGCCGCUUUAAAUGGCUCAAUUGGAGCCUACGUCCCCACAUGUGACGGCAAUGGACAAUACACCCCCGAGCAAUGUUGGGGCUCUACAGGUUACUGUUGGUGUGUGAACAGUUCUGGACAGAAGAUCCCGGGUACUGAGACUCCACCAGGCACUGAUAGAAUCAACUGUACCACCCAGAGUAAGUGA